AAACUGAAAAAGAAGAAAAAUAUCUGAGGAUUGAAAGAAGAGGAAGGUGAGAGUAGAACAUAAUGGCUCAGAGACCAAAGCCUGGAGACCAGAUUGAGAUUUCUCGACUUGGUUACCAACAUUGGGCUAUCUACGUAGGGGAUGGAUAUGUAGUCCACCUGACUUCUGCAGAUGGGGGUAUAGGAAAUUCUCCCCCUAUUCCCUUGUCUGCCAACACAAAAAAAGCACUGGUGAAGAAAGAAAAGCUUUCAAAAGUGGCAGGAAAAGACAACUGGAAGGUCAACAACGAGAAGGACAGAAAAUAUAAAGUCAUGCCUGUAAACGAAAUACUAAGCAAUGCAAACAAAUGUGUUGGGAUGGAGAUAGACUACAAUGUGAUCACGAUGAACUGCGAACAUUUUGCCGCCAAACUACGAUAUGGCCAACGUGUCAGUAGACAGGCAGAUGUCGGUCUCUGGGGGACAUUCGGUGCUACUGUAGGAGCUGUGGUCUUGGGUCUAAGCUUGAUAGCAGUCGAGAUCAUCGGUAAACGUCAUUAGUCAAUGUUCAAUAUAUGAUGAGACAUGUGAACAAUCUAAAAGACUGUUGGAGGACAAUCCUAGGUUGGCUUCUAAGAAGAUGCCAUUUUAAAAUAACAACAGUUUUUUGAAUAAAAAAUAAAUAU